GGAUUUUGGCAUCUACCCAUUUGAUCUGCCCCAAGCCUGAGGGCCAGAAGUACAAUGCUGCCACCAAGUGGAAGUUGCCGGUAGUGACCAAGGACUGGCUUCUGACCUGUGCCCGUCAGGGGGUCAAGGUGUCUGAGACUCUCUACUGUGUGGGCGAUGUCAAAGAUACAUCGAUCUCAGAGCAAACGACAAGUCGCAGCGUGACAGUGACCCCACAGAGAACCACAACCAGCCUGCCUCCGCCCCCUGAGCCACUGCCUGUGACCCCUGGCCCUGCCCCGGGUCCCUCUCACCCCACCGUUAGCUCACUCAAGCGCAAAAGUACGACCCAGACACCCGAGGAGGACUACAGUCCUUUCCAUGUCUCUACUCCUGAUACUCCAUAUGGACAAGUUUUUGAGACUCCCACUGCAGAAGUAAAGAAGGGAUGGAAGAGGUUCAUAGACCAAUUUCCUGACAUGAAGCCAACUUCUCCUGUCCAAAAGAAAAACUCUAAAAGGCUCAGUACACCUCUAUCUGAAAUCAAAAGAAGAAUCUUUGCUGCUGCUUUGGAGACUUCGUCCGAAAACAUAAAACCUUCCAACUCCAAUGAGGACUUGGAAAAUGAGCAGAGUACUGAAGCUACCAACCAUUUAAAUGAAGAAACAGUGAGACAAGAUUUGUGGAAUACACAAACUCCAGCUUCAGGAAAGAAAAAAAAGUUGGAUGCAACACCUCAGUCCUCUUCAAAGCAAAACUGUGAGAACUUCCAACCGAGGAAAUUGUCGUAUGGCAGAGCCACCCCAACUGCUGGUGAUUUCAGGACUUCAAGUUGCACACCCUUAAGCGCUUCCAAGAUGCCACCGCCACAACCUCAGAACACAAGCUUGGUUAAAGAAUCGAAAAGUGACAACCAGUCUGAGCUAGAUGAAAAAUCCCAGAUGGUCAAGAAACCACUUCCCAACGAAAGAGUUUCCACGAUUUUGGGAAAGUUACACAAGAGGCUGAGUACUCCUGGCACUAAACCGGAGGAACAACCCUUGCCACAGCGGGAGCUGGUGCACCAGCCAAUAGUGCCAGACAAGCCAGUGACAGUAGGGCUAGUGACAGAUUCACAACCAGUGACAGACUGGGAAGACCCCGUGGAGUCUGCAGAGAGAGCCAAGAUACAGAAUAAGUCCUCAACUGCUGAUAGACCGAGGAGGUUUGCGCUGUCUAGUGUUGUUGAGAAAGAGAAGUAUGAGGAGAAGCUGAGACAGCUGGGAGAGACGGUGUUAACAUCAGAUCGUUAUGACGCUGAGACGACUCAUCUCAUAGUCGACGAGCCUUUGCGCAGUGAGAAGCUGUUGUGUAGUAUGGCAGCUGGCAAGUGGAUACUACACACCUCGUACAUAGAUCUCAUGGUCCAGCACAAGCAGUACAUGCCGGAGGAACUCAACUACGAGUGGGGUAAUCCUGACAAUGCCAAGGUUUUGCCGAGACUAGAGCCUGGCAGUCUGUCGGAGCAGCUCGCACAGGCGGCAGUGCGGUGGCGGCGACAACUCGCAGAGCGAGGUGGUGGGGCCUUCAGCGGUAUGAGGGCCAUACUCCUAGCGAGUGCUAGCAAGUUCGACAGUUACAAGCGGUUCAUAGAGGCUGGCAGUGGACAAACUAUAUCUGCCACGAAUGUGGCAGAGGCAACUCAUUGUUUUGUAGAAGAAAAGAGGAUAGCAACAAUGCCUGUUCCAUUGUCAAAGUUUAUUGCUUACAAAGUUCCCUGCCUUCCACCAGUGUUUCUAAGUGACUUACUCACAAAAUUUCCUCCCCCAAGCACAGAGGAUAGUCUAAUCGCAGAAUACAGGAGGCUCAGUAAAGGACAUUGAUGAUAAGCCUCAUGUCAUUUUGACAGCACAGUAACAGUUAUUGUGAUAAGUGUCAGUUUGUUGAAUUCAAUUUCUUGUAUAGCAUUGCCAAAAUUGUAUAAAAAACUAAUAUAAUUGCACUUUUAAAUUUAUUAUCAAAAGACACUAUUAGACCAGAAUUUAUAAUAUUUGAGUCAAAAUGGUACCAGUGUGGUGUCUGGAUAUAGAAAUGUAAAUGCUAAAGAAUUUUUAAAAACUUUCAUAAAUGUAUGUAGUUUUAUUACUGGGACCAAAUAAAAUGUCAUUCUACUUGACGUUUUUUAUAUAACAA